AUUUUAAAAAGUCAAUUAUCUUGAAAUAAGGAGGAAUUUUAGAAAAAUAAGCAUGGCUCAUUUAAUUCGACACAAGAUUUCGAACAAAAUUACAAAUGCUAUGAACACAGCCUCCAAUAAGUCCCAGGCGAAGGUCAGCGGGGCUUUCGCUCGUUUGGGCUUCCAGGCGGCCACGGAUGAGGAAGGUCUGGGCUUUGCUGAGUGCGACGACCUAGACUAUGACUACAGGCAGGGGAUGCGCAUGGAUGCGGUUCAGACAGAGGAUGGCGGAGAAGAGGUGACCGGAGAUGGGCUAGAAGGUGAUAGUCACUACCAGAGAGAUGGCACCCGUCACCGGGCCUCCGUAAAGAGCGGAGAAGGCUGUGAAGAGUUUGUGGAGGUGAAGCCCAAAAUUACCGCCUGGGAUGCCGGAUGGAACGUGACCAACGCUAUUCAGGGCAUGUUCGUCCUUGGUUUGCCAUACGCCAUUCUGCACGGCGGUUACCUCGGGCUCUUUCUCAUCAUCUUCGCUGCUGUGGUGUGUUGCUAUACGGGUAAGAUCCUGAUAGCGUGCCUCUACGAGGAAAAUGAAGACGGCGAGCUUGUGCGCGUGAGAGACUCGUAUGUAGACAUCGCCAACGCCUGCUGCGCACCGCGUUUUCCGACCCUUGGUGGACACAUCGUCAAUGUGGCCCAGAUCAUUGAGUUGGUGAUGACUUGUAUCCUCUACGUUGUGGUCAGUGGGAAUUUGCUGUAUAACAGCUUUCCGUGGCUACCUGUUUCUCAGAAGGCGUGGGCGGUCCUCGCCACAGUGGCUCUCAUACCUUGUGCUUUUCUGAAGGACCUGAAGUCCGUGUCUAAGUUCAGCAUGCUCUGCACAGUCGCCCAUUUCUUCAUCAAUGUUGUAGUGAUUGCUUACUGCCUGUCACGGGCGCACGACUGGGCAUGGGAGAAGGUCAAGUUCUACAUCGAUGUCAAAAAGUUUCCCAUCUCCAUUGGCAUCAUUGUGUUCAGCUACACCUCACAGAUCUUCCUGCCGUCCCUGGAGGGGAGCAUGCAGAGACCGAGCGAAUUUCACUGCAUGAUGGAUUGGACACACAUCGCUGCCUGUGUCCUCAAGGGGCUCUUUGCCCUGGUGGCCUAUCUCACAUGGGCAGACGAGACGGAGGAAGUGAUUACGGACAAUCUCCCCGGGGGUAUUCGUGCAGUGGUAAAUCUUUUCCUGGUCGCCAAAGCUCUUUUAUCAUAUCCACUGCCCUUCUUUGCCGCUGUGGAGGUUUUUGAAAAGUCUUUCUUUGGGGGGGGAUCAAUAUUCCCAGACUGUUACGGCCCAGCAAGAAAGUUAAAGUCGUGGGGUUUGGGCUUGCGAAUUACGCUGGUUGUGUUUACACUGUUAAUGGCCCUGUUUGUCCCACACUUUGCUCUCCUCAUGGGCCUCACCGGAAGUCUCACCGGUGCAGGUCUGUGCUUCUUGCUGCCAAGUCUGUUCCACCUGAAGCUACUUUGGAGGAAACUCUUGUGGCACCAUGUCUUCUUUGACGUCGCAAUAUUUGUAGUUGGGGGCAUUUGCAGUGUAUCUGGAUUCAUUCACUCCAUCGAAGGUCUUAUAGAAGCCUACAAAUAGCCUACAACAUUCCGGAAUAGAGGCGUAGGCAGAUGACAAGAGCAGAUUGUAUGAAGAUGAUAAUACAAUCCACUCUAGGUCCAUUUCCUUAAGGUACCAUGACUGCCAUGGUCAUUCAAGCAAUUAUUUUAGGUUCAUUAAAAAUCUCUUCUCGGGUUUUGUCGAAAUAAACGUGCAAUAUCUCAAUAGACGUUUCAAUUGUAUUGUGUUUGUUUAGUGGUAGUCUUUAUAUCAAAGUGGAUGCAAAUUGAUGAGUUAAAAUGCUGUGCUUGAAAGAAUGCUGGAGACAAGACCUCCCUAUGCAAAAAGCCUACAGCACAUAGAUGUUCUCGUGAAAUGUGAUUUAAGAGAAUUUUGCUGCUAUGAUUCAUUGAUCUUUGAAAAGAACAGCCUCAGCAGGACUUGUAUUCAAAAUAUCUAGACAUGACAAAACACUAAAAAGGUAACCUGAAGGGGCUGACAUUUGGACGUUCUGGCCAGUGGCAUGGAAUGAAUCCAUCACUUCUGUUCAGGCAUAAAUGAGCCUAUACCUGUAUUAAAUGCACAUAGCAACAACAGACUUAUGGGGCAAUCAAGUUGAAGCAGAGGCUACAUCUGGUUAUCAGUAGUUUACAUUUGUGACAUAUCACAUUCUAAUUUAAUAGUGUGGUUAAGAGAAAUGUAGGCAGUGUAAAUUCAAUUAAUUGUUUCUUCUGGUGGAAGGCCUAGCCUAUAUCAACGCUUCUCUUUCGCUGUUGAUCGUAACAAUGUGUAUCUGUGAGAGUGAAUGUGAGGUGCAAGCUCCUGUGGUUACGUUUGUUUUUUAAUCGUAUGACAAAUUUCGUCUUUGUGUGAUAUUUUCUUCAUGUGCAGUCAACGACGACAAUGUGAAAAAGAAAACGAUUGUGUAUAUGGAACAAAAAUAAAAUAUUUUAUUUGCUGUG